AUUUGGUCGCGAGUGGAUGGUUGCACAAUUUUCUGCAUGAGGACAACUUUACCGAUUUCCUUAUCACAAUAGCAGACUGGUGAAAAAAAACCAAUUGUGAAGGUACUACUGUGAAUGCUGAAUGAUUCCAGGACUAUUCUGGAGGAGUGUGAGGUGAAUAAAUUCAGAUCUACCCCUCUCAACAUCUGUUCGUUUGUCUUCAACACUUCGCUAAAGAAAGAAGGGGGCAGGGUAAGGAGCGAAGAAAUCAGUGAAGUUAUGAAUAAAUAAAUAUCGGAUUAAUUGGCUGCAUUACAGUUCGAUUAGGAUUGAUGAAUGUGGUGCGCUGUGCUGAAUGAAACAGUGAUAAUAAAUUAAUUUAGCUGAAUAAUAGUGAAAGAGUUAUUUACGUUGGUUCGAUUACUCUGCGAUCAUUGCUGAUAAGGGGUUUGCGGUCACCAAUCAAUGUAUAAUCUAUAGCGACCCAAAGGGAGCAUAUCUUUCCUCUAGAUAUCGAGGAAAAGGAACCGUGAAAAGUUUCGUGAAGGGGAAAUCGAUAAAAUUUUCAGCGGUGGGAAAAUUAAGCGUGAGAUGGAAAACCUCCCAUCCCUGUGUAUAUGAGAGUGUUUUUGGUGUAUGGUACAGAGAUUAAUUUUCGGCAAAAACGAAGUACGAUAGGAGCACCCACCAAGUUGUUCGAAGUGCGGCAUGAUUUGCAUAUAAAUUGGAUCCGAGGAUAAAGUGAAACGGAAAAGGAUGUUAAAUGGUUUAGUGACCAAAGAAAAAAAAAUAGUUGGAUGUGUGAAUUUAUUAAAUUUUGCGCGAAAGCUUGUUCAACAGGAUUUUAGCAUGGAGGAGGAACUACGUUGUCCUGUUUGCAAACAGCUUUUCUCCGGUCCGGUAUUGUUGCCGUGUUAUCAUGCGCUUUGUUUAGCGUGUGCUUUGGACAUCCAGACAACAGCAAAUCAGGUCCAUCACGCUCCAGCCAUCCAUCUGCAUCAGCAGCAUUUACAGUCAUCUGCAUCUUCGGUUAGCACUGGUAGCUCGAGUGCAACCGAAAGUGUUUCAUCUGAUCAAGAUCAAGCUGAUAAAGUCAGUAUCCUCAGCGAGGCAGAUUCCGGUGUCAUCUGUUGCACAUCCCGGCCUGGCUCAUACGCCGGUACACCUAAUCUUCAAGGGUUAUUGUUCCCACCGUCCAGUUCUGGAUCGGUAUUUUCGCUCGCUUGUCCGGUUUGUCGUAAAAUAGUGUUUUUUGACGAGCUUGGAGCGAGGAAUCUUCCCUUGUACCGUGCGAUGGAAUCAAUUGUUGAUCGGUUCUGUGAACGCGAAGCACUCCGAUGUCAAAUGUGCGAGACGGAACCUCCGAAGGUUGCGUCAGUUGUCUGUGAACAGUGUGAAAUACGUUACUGCGACGGAUGUCGUGAGCUGUGCCAUCCGGCACGUGGUCCUUUGGCUAAGCACACUCUUACCAAGCCACGUGGCGCAUCUCAACUUCGAGAGUCCAUUUGCGGCGACCACAAUGAACCACUCACCAUGUACUGCUUGGCGUGCAAAUUACCCAUAUGUAAUCAAUGCAUAGCUGAGAACCGCCAUCAGUCUCACGAUUUGCAGUCGAUUACAGCAAUGUGUAAGGCACAAAAGACUGAAUUAUCACAUAAUCUGCAACAGCUUUCAGAGAAGGCACGUUCAACGACAGAAUUCAUCCAAAGACUGAAAGGAAUGAGUGAUAAAGUAACGGAUUCCUGCAUCGAGUUCGAGCGACUAGUGACGGCUCAAUGCGAAGCACUGAUAGAGGCGAUCCAUGCGCGGAGAGAAUUCCUACUGGAGGCCAUCCAACAAGAUAAAGAUACCAAAAUAAGAACUUUGAAGGAUCAACAAGCGAGUUGUACAGGGAAGCUACAGCAGACCACAGGAUUGAUUCAGUUCUGCAUCGAAGCGUUAAAAGAGACUGAUAGCGCGGCAUUUUUACAGGUUGGCUCGAUGCUGAUUAACCGGGUCGCAAACACCGACAUGACGUGGCACCAGGAGGUGACGAAUGCCGCUCCCCGAGUAUCACCCGUCAUCGAUCUCACGCUGGAUGAUUCAUCGGUCAUCCGAGCUAUCGAUAAUCUCAACUUCAUCCAGAUGAAACCUGCUAAAGAAGGAGAAGAACGACUGCCAGCAGUUCCCUUGGCGCCUAUUAUCAUUCCCGAGGAUUGUUCAGCAGAAAACAACUCAGUAACUGUUGCAUGGCAGGCGCCGAAUCACUCUUUCGUGCAGGGCUACGUCCUGGAGCUGGACAACGGAAGUGGUGGCGAGUUUAGGGAAGUGUACUGCGGAAAGGAGACAAUCUGCACCGUCGAUGGGCUGCACUUCAAUUCGAUGUACAACGCGCGCGUGAAAGCCUUCAACAGCACCGGCGAGGGCGAAUACUCGGAGCUGAUCGGGCUGCAGACGGCGGAAGUCGCCUGGUUCACUUUCGACGCGGUACUAAGUGGCGGACCAUGUUCCGGGCUGAAUUUUACCAACGACAAUCGGACCGUAUCGGCCGAAGGAUGGGAGCAUCGGGUGGCUCUUGGGUCAGUCGGAUUCUCUCGGGGCGUGCACUACUGGGAGUUUACCAUCGAUAAAUACACCGCAGACACAGAUCCCGCGUUUGGUAUUGCACGGAUUGAUGUGGCCCGAGAUAAGAUGCUGGGCAAGGACGACAAAGGUUUUGCGAUGUAUAUCGACCGACAGCGGUCGUGGUUCCAGCACAAUUCAGUGCACGAACGCCGCGUCGAGGGCGGAAUCUCUUCCGGCAGUACCAUCGGCGUUCUCCUGGAUCUCGAGCGCCAUACGCUACACUUUAUUGUCAAUGAGAUGCCUCAGGGAUCAGUUGCAUUCCGUGACCUGUAUGGCGUCUUCUAUCCGGCUGUCAGCGUUAAUCGGGGCGUCACACUGACACUCCACACAGGCCUGGAUGCGCCGCAUAUGGACUACCACUGAGCUCCGCACCGUAACACAAGGCGGCGCAAGGCGGAAAGUAUCACAAAUGCGAUCGGGGUGGAGAAGGCGUGUAGAGCAUGCGAAUCGUUUGGACUUUCUUUAAUUUAAAUUUUAUUCAAAUUUCGUAUCGACUUCUCGAUUUGUCGGAACAAACUCGGUUCGUGGGAUCGUAGGGCAGCUCCUCCCUUCCCAAUCGUCCGGCCAAAAGGGUUUUAUGAUUGCAUUUUCUUUGGGUUGUUUUUUUUUCCUGUGACGAUACACAGCUAAGAUAAUUUAGCGACCAUAGAGACACCAAACGACCGCAGAACAAAGCAGACGGAGAAACAUAAUCAUGAUUAUGCUAUUUAUAAUGUACAGGCAAGACUGAAAAUAGUACCGAACGAGAGAGACAGAGACAGCAGUAUAUGUGGGAGGGUAAGAACAGAAGCGAAAACAGCGGCUGCUUAGGAAACGAAGCCCUCCGAAUUGUGUUUUUCCUCGAGGCAACCGGGAAAUAAAUCACAAUAAUGAAGGGAAAAGUGGAGUAGUGGGAAAUUAGCAUUGCGUUUAUGAGAGUGAGUGAAGAGUACAGUGCGAGUUUUACAAUUGGUGGGCAUUUGAAGGGUUUAAACAAUACUAUCUCUAUGAGGUUAUUUUAAAAUUGUUGAUUUAAAUUAUUUUGAUUGAUAGUAUUCAUCGGUUCAGUUGUCAAAUUAUCGCUUAAUCAAAACGUAAAUCUUCUAAGGACAUGAAUGUCCUUCAUGUUGCAUUCAAAAAAAAUGAUUGGACUAUUUAAAAUACUCCACAGAGUAAUGCUUUGCUUAGUAUAUUAAUAUAAUAAUAUUUCAUUUUAUCUAUUUUUUCAACUCUCGAACGAAGCAGUGACAUUGGUAAUCAUUCCCAUACUCGUGACUAGAGUUCCUCAUCAUUCUUCCAGUAUAUUUUCGACUAAUGUACCUUCAUUUCAUUUUGACAUACCUUCAAAUGAGAGUAUCAAAUCGGAGCUGAAUUCGCGUUUACAGGAAUUAUUGGAGGUCAUUCGUUGAUGGAAACAUCAUGAUUAGUGCGAAUCAACUGUAAAUAUUGUAUCAUAAACUGAUGAUUGCUUUUUUACUGCCAUGACCUUUUCACUAGCUUAUUGGACAGACGUGUUUGUGUAUCAUUAUUUUAUCAGAAUAGCGGAAAGUGCAGUGUGAACCUUGCAAUUCGAACAAAAUUAUGAAUUUAUUGAAACAAUAUCUCUAAUAAAAAUAGCUUACUAAUUCGAAAAGACCAGACGACAUCUCUUCUGAUUUAAAUUUAUUUUAGCUGAGUUACGACAUUGAGCGUUGAACAAGAAAUGCGAAGAACAGAACUCAAACUGCAAAUAAUCGCCAAACAUUCCACACAUAACUAUUUACGUAAACGAUGGAAACUUAAUAGAAACUAAAGAAUCCCCAACGAGAGAAAGCGGAAGCACAUAUUGUGUAUUAUUACCUAAUGGGAACAUAAUAAUAAUCAAUUGCACGUGUCUGCCCCCUUAAGCCAUCCUCUGUCGAAUGGCAAUGAUAAAUGAUAAAUGAUUUCAGCAUAAGGGGCUUCGAUUUCACCAACACAUGCAUCCUACCAAAAAAAAAAAACAGCAUCGAAACAACUGUAACAAUAUGCGGUAGAACCUAUCAAUCGAAUUUGGUUUGAUUGUUUCUGGUGAUGUUUCUGUACAUUUGUAUAUUUAUUUUAAAUUAUUGCCACGCACGAUAAUUAUUGAUUUAAGUAUGAAAAGAAAACACAAUCGUCACAUAGGAAUAGCGGUAGUCCACUGAAUUGCGAUAAUAUCAUCUGUUUUAACAUCAACCUUUAGAUACACAACUAAAGAUAUAAACAUAAAAAAAACUAUUGAAUUUAAUAACGAAGCAUCGGAAUAUGCAGUAAUUUUGCAUACAACAGUUACAGGUCAUUUGAUAGGGUUUAAAAUUCAUAAAAUAAAAACUACUUGAAUUGCCAUAGAAUACGAAGGAUAGAACAUUGUCAUCUAUUGUUCACAACCAGCUUCCAAAAAGUUUGGUUUACUUUUGUGGUGACACCAUUAAUGCUAAUACAUAAAUAGAGAGAUGAAAGAAUUAUAAGUAUGACAUAAUAAAUUAUUCAAAUAAAUUUAUUACGGAACUAUAACAAAACAAAAAUGAUGCACUAACGAGAGGCGGUUGUAAUCCGUCAGUCUAAUCGAAUUAUAGAAAAUAAAA